AGGGAGCCUGUCAUGAGCAGCCAAGUCAAUGCCAACAGCGACGCGGCAGGGUUGUUAACGGUCUUGAGACGAGGUAUAACUAAGGAUUGGGCCCUUCUAAUCUUGCCUCCAUCUUCAAGCCAAGAAACACCCUCCAUCGAUGACCUCUUCUCAAUAGUCAAUACUCAAGCCAUCCUUCAUCUUCCCUCAAUAUUAUCCAACAGCCAUGUAUACGGCUUACAAGUAUGCAAGGAAGCGGUAUAAGGCGCAUCAGGAAGCCAAGAUAGCGGAACAGAAGCUCUCACAGACCACACAACCCGCGCGAUAUGGGUCUCCAUCAGACGAUACAAGAGGCCUGACGGCUUCAUCUGACGGCCCCGGCAUUCCCACCCCCUACGAUCCAUCUCCUCUCGCCGCAACACCGGACCACACGAGCUCCGAUGAGGCAAAAUCCAAAGAAACCCCCGAAGAACGCGAGGAGAAGAACCGGCGACGCAAAUACCGCCUCAGGAUCAUCCUCGGCCUGUUCCUCCCCUUCACGCUACAAGCGCUCGACACAACCAUCAUCGCGUCCGCACUCAAAUUCAUCGCCGACGAUUUCAACGAGCUCAAACAACUAAACUGGAUCAUCACCGCCUUCAACCUGACCUCGGCCGCCUUCCUGCCCAUCUUCGCCCAGCUCGCCGACGUCUUUGGGCGGCACGCCACGCUCCAGACCGCACUGGUCAUCAUCACCAUCGGCUCCGCACUCUGCACCGCCGCGCCCACCUCGGCCUUCCCCUUGCUGCUGCUCGGCCGCGCCCUGCAGGGCGUCGGCGCGGCGGGCAUCAACAUCUGUGUUCGUACGAUUCUAGCGGAUCGGGUGUCGCUGGGGGAGUAUGCGAAGAAUUGGACGACUUUUGCGUUGGUGUCGGGGGUGAGUUUUGGGUUGGGCCCCGUGGCGGGCGGGUAUUUGACUAGGGUGAGCUGGCGGUGGUGUUUUGCGGUGAAUUUGCCGGUGGCGGUGGUCGGGAUGGGGUUGGUGCUGGUGUUGUUGAGGGGCAGGUUGAUUGGGGCGUUGGCGAUUGAGGAUGUGACGACGGGGCGGGGGUGGGGUGCGGAGGGGGAGGGGGUUGGGUAUAGGGGGGGCAGGAGGGAUCCGGGGACGGGCAUGGGACGGUUUCUGGCGAGGUUGGCGACGGUGGACUUUGGGGGGCAGUUGUUGUUCUUGUGGGGGCUGGGGUUGUUGGUGUUGGGGUUCACGUGGGCGGGGAGCACGUAUGCGUGGGACUCGCCGGCGGUGUUGGUGACGUUGGUGGUCGGGGCGGUGUUGACGGUUGCGUGGUUGGUGUAUGAGUGGGCGAUGGUGCCGGGGAGGAUGAUGGCGCGGGUGUUCCCCAUGCAGACGGCCAUGAUGCCGUGGCAGUUGCUGAUGCAGAAGGAUGUUGGCUUGUUGGUGGGCGUCAACUUCGCCAACGGCGCCGCCAUGUUUGCCAUCAUGUACUACAUGGACCUGUACUUCACUCUGGUCCUGGGGCACGACGCCAGCGAAGCCGGUAUCGCGCUCCUUUAUUUCCUGCCCGGCCUAGGUGCCGGCGUCUAUUCCACCAUGUUCUUCAUCAACGUUUGGCCGCGGCAGACGGUCCCCGUCUUACUUCUCGGUGGCAUCAGCUCUGCUGUCGGUAUCACUGUGGUAGCAUGGGCUUGCUACACCGACUACGUCAACCUCAUCUACGGCAUGAUGGCCUUGACAGGUUUCGGUGUUGGGCUGACUACCAACCCGGGGACGCUCCAUGCCCUCGCCUACUUCCCGGGGAUGACAGCGCCUAUUAGCUGUCUCGCAUCCUUCGCCCAUCCGUUCGGCGGCACAAUCACGCUGACAAUCAUGUCCACCGUGUUCAACAACCGAAGCGGACUCAACCACGAAGACCCUAGGUCCGGAAUCUUUUGGGCUUUUGUUGCCGUCAUCCCCAUCAUGUGGGUGUCGGUCAUCAUCACGACCUUCUUGGGAAAUGUCUGGCUUGGAAAGGAGGGGACCCACGAAGUGGUGCAUGGAUUUUGGUUCUGGAACUUGCUCCGGGGUAAACGCUUAGAGAGGGUGACUAUGGCUAGGAUGGAAGACUCGGGGCCAGCUGGUGUCAAUGGGGAUAUAGGUAUGAAGCCUGUCCCUCGGCACAACGCGGAACAACAAAGGGAGACCGCGGGUGACGGUGAGGGUGAAUAUUCGGGUACUAGACGGUGAUGAUAGCUUAUUCCAGAGUACGUAACGACAUAUAUAGACUUGUAAUGAAACGAUUCUGAAC